AUGCCACAGCCGAAUCAUCGUACAAUACCUUCACAGUCUCUAAACACACCAAAGCCAGCAAAGAAGGCUAAGAAAGUUGCAGUAAAGCUUCCCAGCCGUGAUGGAAGAAGGGUUCUCGACACAGACAAUGCCACGGACACGGGCACUGCCACUUCCACGCCACCAGUUAUAUCCACAAUACCCACAUCUACUUCACAUUUACACCAGUCUCCUGACGAUAAUGUUAUUGAUAUCUUCCUUCCAGGAAAAGACGCUUGGGACGCUAUCAAGCAGCGUGGAAUAACCAAUCAGCUAUACAAGCUGGGAAUACACACCCAGCCUACACUAUCUGAGCAGAAAUAUGACUCAAACUUUGAUACCCCACCUGAAAAUGACUUAUUAUCCUUUAAAAUGGAUAGGUUCUUUAAUGACUCGCUUGUCGAUAGCAAGACACCCAAUCCAGACAACUCCACUCUCUCUUUGUCCAAUUUCAACACCACAAGCUUAUCGCCGGCUUUGUCUUCUCCGUCGGGCUACUUGCAGCACUCCCCACUCUCAAACACAGGCCAUUUAAGUAUUCCACAUACUUCAGCUCCAGCUUCAAACGCCUCACCCAACCCAUCCUCACUUGCUGAUGUCGAAGAAGUCGAGGAAGUGGAAGAGGUAGAAAACGCGGCGGAAAACUUGGCUUAUAACACAGAGGCAGUUGAUAACACAGUGUCGACUGAUAAUACUCAGCAACAAGAUAACAAAGACCAAUUAGAGGUGGAGAAUCAUCUCAAUAACACCUCUCCAAACACCUCAAUCAUCCCAGAUGAGGCUCCUCAAUUGCCCCCACCCUCUUUCCAAGAACUCAGCAGAGGGUUUGGCUAUGAGCUUGACUAUGAAGACGAACAGGCUCAGCUAGCCCAGCUCGAGAAAGAGGAAAGAAAUCACAAAAAGUCCAUGUCAGGAUUUUCUAUCAAGUCCGAUAGCCAGCAGUAUGAUAAUGAUGAGGAUGUCCAAGACGCAGUGGAUGAAAAGGACGACGGGGCUACAGAGGAUACCGCCACUGCUCAAGACACUGACGCUGAAGCAGUUGAAGACAUUUUCAAAGCAGAAAGUUUAGACGAUAACAACACCAACACUGAUAUUGAUGAACAAGCCUUCAAUUACGAGCUGUAUGAGCUGCAGAGAAAGGACACAGAGGCUGACGAACAAGUGCAGCUUCAGCGCGAUCAAGAAGAAAACACCAAAAUACCAUCCGCAUAUCCCAAAAGCGCUCUCAAACCGACUGUUACAGAGUUUGUCCCCGCAGCUCCUGCAGCUCCUUUCAAAGACAGCACCAACGAGUACAACUCAGCUUUCAAAUUCGAUCGGUACUCAUUACCAGCGCAAUACGACGCACCAAAACAACCUAUACCCAAUCACAUGACCAAACGUCAAAGAGCAUCAUCGCGCGCGACCUCGGGCGAGGGUGAUAACUGGUCAGGCUUCGACGUCAACAGUGACGGAGGGGACCUCGACACCUUCUCUAACCCUUCCGAUGAAGAGCGGCUGCUACAGCACCGCCUCAAUAGCCGCAUGAUGUCGAAUCAUGCUUUACAAUUCGGGGGUAAGGAGAAUGAGCGUGAGCAGGAGCAGGAGCAGGAGCAGGAGCAAGAUGAUGAACACACACUCUCUGCGCCGCUCAACGCACUCAAUAGAAAGACGUCGCUCUCUGCUAAUGCACCGGUGUUUGAGCCCGGCAACUUCACUUUCAAGUCUGAGCUGAGUCUGAACCGGAGUGCGCCACCUGAAAGCUCACUGGGGUCGCUUCAUAGGACGGAGUCGAAAGAGAGUGAGAUGCCUUAUAAGCGGGGACGCCCUAACCCAAGUGAUACCUCGGAUGACUGGAAGAUUCCAUCCACGAUCAAGCAGGAAGAGGUCGAGGGCGAUGUGUACGAUGUCAAUGUCAGUGGUGUGAAGCACUCUGACAGAGAGUGCGAGAGCGUAAACGCUUCGCGCACGAACUUGAGUCUGCAGGAUGUGUAUCACAAAUUGGAGCAGCUAUCUAUCAACCUCAAAGCACGCGAUGUAGUGACGAGGGACGAUCUAAAAGAAGCCAUUGAACAUGACAGAGGCUUAAUAAUGGAGGUCUUGUUCCGAAACAGCUCGUCUGGUGAUGUUUUGGCCGCUCUUAAACCACAAAUCGCAUCACUGAAGCCUGAUGAAGACGCAAUUGCUACGAGGUUAUCAGAUUUUGUUAGACCUGAUAUACUGUCGUUGAUUAAUAUGGCGGCUUCAGACAAAGAGAAGACGGCAGAUAUUAUCACAGAACACCUCACAAAUUCAGACAUAUUCACGUCGAUCAAGACUGCACUGAGUGACAUGGUCAGCAGACACAGUGAGCUUUAUGACUCAUUCCACUCAACACAGACAGAGAUUUUCACAAAUGCAUCCUCGCUGCAUGCCAAGCUCGGUGAUUUGCCUGACGGGAUAACGGCGGCGACGGGUGCGCUCCAAACUGCGACGGAGAAGCUGAACGCGUACUCAUCUCUUCCCGGAGAGCUAAAGGGUAUGAGUGAAUACGUGAGCGAUAAUGCAGCGCUUCGCAACGACAUCUCCAAAGCACAAUCGCACCAUGGCAAGCUGCGCACCGAGAAGGACCGACUGCUUGACAAGCUGCGGGUAGCGGAAGAGGAGCGUGACUCAGCCAAGAUAGAGGCGGAUCUAUCGCGCCAGUCUAGCCGUAAGAUUGAGUCCGAUCUCGUCAAGAUCGAGGCGACGAAUGGCAGUCUGAUAGAGAGUCUAAACGGAAUGGCGAACAAGUGCGCGCAGUUUGAGCACCAGUUGGAGGAUCUGUUCGACCAGAAGCAGACAUGGUACGCAGCUGACCGCGACUACCAGGUGAGGGUGAAGGAGCUGGAGAUGCAGUUGGAGAUGCAGAGCAGGGAGCGUGAGAAUAAGAUGAGAGCGAUUUCGGAGGAGCACGAGCGCAUUCAGAAUCAUGCCGAGGAGCUCGCCCGUAGCUUACAUUCCUCUCAUCUCGAAAACACUCGUUUGCACAGCGAGUACGAGGAUAUGUCGCGAAGCUCCCUCGCUGUCAACCAGGACCUCGCCGCUAAAUGUGGUUUACUUGAGAAUCGUAAUGCGGAGCUGGAGGAUGUGGCUGAUGGGGCCAGGGAGUCAGAAGAACAACAUCUACAGGCGCAUCAUGCGGCUAGCCAACACGUACACGAGCUCGAAGAGAAGGGCGUGCAGGAUAAGGCUUUGCUGCAGGAGGCUACUAGCACUAUCGAGAGACUUUACGAGGAGAUGUCCGCGACGACGCACGAGAUGGCCCAUCUUAGGAGGGAAAAUGAGGGAUUGAAGGGGGGUGCGGGUGUAGAUGUGGAUGGCAGACGCACGCCCACUAAUAAGAAUUACAAGUCACAAGAUGUUCACGCCCCCGUACCCGCUUAUAACACACCCGUCUCACCGGCUUUCAGCUCGAUAUCAAAACUCAGCACUAGCACGGCAGCUACCUACCAAGCUGACGAUGGAUGGUUCUAUCCGACGUGA